GAGUCCUGCUGCUUUGAAACGCAAACCUAGACACACAGAUUUACUAUAAAGUUAGGAGAGGACAACAUGCUUAUAGAGAGAGAGUGAAAGCUCCGCGUUUUUUCUUUUCUUUUCUUUCUUUAAAGUGAUUUGUUGAACAACACUCGCGGGGAGUUUUCUUGCCCCAGCAGAAGGAAAUAUUAUUACACAUGAACCUUUCAGCAAGCCAGGCAGAAGGACAUGCGUGUGGAUUAGAUGCCAGGAGUUUGGCUGCCAGAGAAAGACGUUAUUGUUGUGACUUUCUCCUCCGCCCCUCGCUCCCACCCACCCCUCUCCGAGAGAAUCUCUGAGGAACGGAACCGGAGAAAACACACACGGCUUGCAGGAGGGUCAUUUGCAUCCGAACCGGACUGCAGUGAGGAGGGAGAGGAAGAGGGGGAGGAAGAGUCCUGGAAGUUAAAACACACACAGGCAGGAGGAAGGUCAGGUGGAAACAGGUAAGCCCUGGGCAGGUGUCCUCUAUCUGGGGAUGGCCUACCCUAAACAAGAGAAAGGAGGGACUUCUUUCUUAACCUGUAGUCAGGUGGGACUUUCCCCUGUCUUAUGGAUCAACAGGUAUUUUCUUUCUGGGUCUUGAAAGGCUGCUUUUUGUUUUGGUUGGUCAUGCAAAAGUUCUGUCAAACAAACAAAGGAAAAGUGAAAUAAAGAGGUGGUUAAAAAUUCUGAGACUGUUUCCAUGGCAGCAAAACUUGGGGAAACCCCCUUUUUUUCUCAUAUGCUGCACACAUCCACAUACAUCUGGUAUGUUUAUAGCCUUUGCCAAAGCCAGUUGAGUGUUUCAGAAGUCUCACUAUCUGUAAGCUUGAUUCAUAAUCAGAAUUUUGUAAGGUAUGGGGAGAUAGGAGGUGAGUUUUAUUUUCAGAGAGGAAUAUUAGGUUGUGGUUUCGUUUUUUCCUUCUAAGUUGCUUCCGUUAAUUCUGCUUGCACCGCAUGUGCAAUUUGUAAACGGUUUUGGAUAGAAAGGAGUUAAGAGCCCCUAAUUAGUUUAAUAAAGCAGAUUCAAUUCCUCUUCGCACUCUGGUAGCUGAGAAAAUUGUACGAUGUUUAUUUUUUCCUUGAGGGAAUGAAUACAAAUUCUUUGCAUUUCUGAGAAUUUAGGGCUGCUUUCUGUUUUGUCACAAAGAGGUGAAUUUCGGAAGACAGACUCAUUUCCCCACACUCAGAGACUCCUGUGGCACAAUGGGUCAGUGCAUCUGGCUGUUAACCAGAAGGUUGGUGGUUUGAGCCCACUCAGGAACAACUGUGGGCAGAAUUCCUGCAUUUCAAGGGGGUUGGACUAGAUGACCCUCAGGGUCCCUUCCAACUCUAGAAUUCUUUGAGUCUAUGACUUGGUCCCUAGUUCAAUUCUAUAGAAGUUUUGAUACCUAAAGAGGAUAACACUUUAAAAUGAGUGAUGUGAUUUAAGAGACACUAACUGCAAUCCCAUAGACACUGAUUUAGGAGUAAGUCCCAUUGAACUCAAUGGGAUUUAUGCUGAGUAGGCAUAUAUAGGAUUGUGCCGUAAGGCUUUAGUCCUAUAUAUGCACUUAUGAGAGAGUAAGCCCCUUUGGGCAGAGUGGGUCUUCUUCUGAGGAAGCAUGCAAAGGUUUGCUCUGGUACACACCAGUAUUUACAAACCGCAUUUACUUGGAACAAUGUCCCAUUGAUUUCAAUAGGUUUUUCUUCCAAGUGGGUGUAUGUAAUCUCUAAUAAGGUUACUUGUAGCACCAUCCUAUAUUUGACUACUCACAAGUAAGUCCCACUAAGUUAAAUGGAGCUUUCUCCCAGGUAAAUGGAUAUAGGAUUGCAGCAUGAGUGUUAAGAUUAUUCAGUUUCAUAUAUAUAUAUAUAUAUAUAUAUAUAUAUAUAUAUACACACACACACAUAUAUACACACUGCAUUAAUGUUUUCCUAGGAAGCAACACACACCCCUGGUUCCCAAACACAGAUACAUGGUUGUUGUCUUUUUUAGAUGAUUAGUUCUUGUCUUUCGGUCAAAGAAAUCUAUCUGGCAGCCCAUUUCAGUUGCUUAUGCUUCCACAGAUUUUGAGACAAAUUCCUAACUAUCUGUUCUCAUGGAAAUGUGGGAGUCAGGAGAGAGAGAAUAACUACUCCUGGCUUAUUGAAUAUAUAAGUUAGAACCAUUCUUUGAAUAAAUAGGUUUGCAGGUAACUGGGACAUGGGCUGCAUACACCCCACACAUUUAAAGCACAUACCCCCUACCUGUAAAGAAUAUUCAGAACUGUAGUUUACCCUUCAGAGCACUGCAAUUCCCAGCACCCUCAACAAACUACAGUUUCCAGGAUUCUUUGUGUGUAUGAGCCAGGGGUGCUUUAAAUGUGUGGUGUGUAUGCAUUUUGUCUAUGCAAUCCAUCUUGCUGAGCCUCAGAGAUUUGCUUAGGAACUUCAGCAGCCAGUCCACAUUUAUCCAGCAUUUACCCACGGAAAAAAAGCCCACUAAAGCAGGCUUUGGGGGCACUCUUUGCAAUGCCCCUUUCUUAGCCAGUAGAACCUCCAUUCCUGGUGGGUUUAGGAAGUCAUGUGCCUGCUGGGGGAAGGGCUAUUUUCAUGCAGGAUGUGUACUGCGCACACAUGCACACACACACACACACACACACACACAGUCUUUCCCUCUUGGAACAGAAUCCAACUCAUGUGAUUUUUACCAGAGAUUAGAUGUUCAGAAGAGGAGGUUGGGAGCCUUCUCCUCCACUAUAAAAAAAGGGGGGGGGGGAAUAGCUGAUAUAGGAGCAGAACUUAAGCAAUCAGGAAAGGGGCUUGGAAUUGAACAGGCACUUCGCCUCUGGGGGAGAAGGGAGCUUUCAAGCAGCCGGGCUGAAUUACCAUCGAUGCAAGCAAAUCAGUGCAGGAUUUGGACUGCACUUUUGUUAGCUCUUUGGAAAGUCUUCCCUGUUCCUUGUGACCGGCAAAGAGCAACUGGAAAGAACUGGAGGUUCCAGGGAGAUCUGAGGUUGCAAACAUCAAUGGCAAGCACGAAGGCACAAUACAGGGAAGGCAAAAGUGUCACCAGUAGCUGGUGUUACCAACCAUAUUGGUUAAGGGUGUGAACUGUGAUCUGGGACGCCCAUGUUCCAGAUCUCAUCCCAGCUACAUCAGGCAGCUGUUAUUUAGGGGGCUGGGCAACCAGUUCCAGCACUACCAGUGCCUGAAAUGAAUAAAUGGAGGAUCACUGUAGAGUUGGAAGGGACCCUGAGGAUCAUCUAGUCCAACCCCCUGGAAUGCAGGCGCAUGUAGCUGUGUUAAGAGGAUUUGCUUUGUAUGCAAAAGGUCCCAGGUUCCGUUCCCAGCAUCCCAGUAGGGCUGGGAGAGAUCGCUGGAGAGCCACUGCCAGUCAGUGUGCCUCAGGUCAACAUAAUGCCCUCUGGAUGUUGUUGAACUCCAACUCCCAUCAGCCCAACCAGCAUGGUCAGUGGUUAGGAAUGAUGGGAGUUGUAGUCCAGUAAUGACUACCCUUGGUGUAGAUACUGAGCUUGAUGGACUAAAGAUCAGACUUGGUAUGAAGCAGUUUCUGAUGUUCCUAUCCAAGCUGCUUCAACCAAGAAGUUGGUGAAGACUAGGGCAGGAUCUGUGGAGUCUGUAUUCAGCAAUGAGUUGCUGGGAAUAUUAUCCGGGCCAAAGGGACCUGUGUUUUUUCAGGAGACUCCCUGCACUCCCAAGUUGUGUGCACUGCAGUGCCAGCCCACAUGAGCAGGAAAUUCCCAUCCCAAGACAUGUCCUCUGGGCAGGCCUGUUGCAAAGACUGGGAGGCACAGCCUGUGCUGUUCGCUUGAAUUUUUUCUCAUUUUAUGCUGUGAAGUUGAAUGGGGGAAAGACAAAGGAGAGGCAUUUCGCUGUAUUUUUGCACUCCGUCUGGGAAUUGUAUAUACACCAAAUAAAUGCAUGAUGUUUGCAUUUUAUUGUGCUGCUUUUGAAAUGUGGACUCGGGCAGAUGGAAACAUAAAAUGAGCCCUAAGGGAUGUAAAAGAGUGCAGGCAUUUAGCAAUGGGGUUUUUCUUUUUCUGUGUUGCAAUAUCACAGGAAUUAUCCAGCCAGUUGAUUCCAGAUGCUUUCUGUAUGAGGCACACCCCAUCUGCAUGCACUCGCAGAAAGCCUUCCCUGCAGACAAAUGGCUGUGGUGGUCGAGGCUCCCUCCUUUAACCAGCCCACAAAUAAUUUGGAAUGGUUAAUGGUAUGAUGGCUCCAGCCCAAUGCAAACACUCUCUUGCCUGCCUUUUCAGUCAUUCCAGAGUCUGUGGAGAGAGAUGGUCUGCAGCUUCACCUCUCUGGUCUUCAAUGUCUUUUGGAGACAGCAGAAGAAAAGACUAUUUUACUGAGGGUAAAGUUUCCUGCUUCUGUUUUAAGUUCAGGUACACCCAGCUUGGACUUCAAUGCAGCUUCCAAGAGGCAGAGAGAACCAACAUUUCAUUCUGAUAGGGAGAGGGGUAGUAGGAAAGCUACCCAAAAUAUCCACAGUUGUCUCAAUGGAAUGGAAAUUGAUUAUGCACAUUCGACAAGCAUAUGUGAAUCUUCAUGCUUUACUUAGGCUUUACAGCAUGCUUGGUUUGUGCUUGGGUUUAAUUUUUUCAUACAGAGUUUGAAUGUUUUUGUCACGGACUGGAAAAGAAGGAUAAUGACUCAUAUAAACACUGGAAAGAGAAAGAGGUAUGAACAGAGAGUCAAGGCCUGAAUGUUAUGGCAAAAGUUCAGAAUCCAUGCUGUCUGAGUGAAGAGCUCCAGUUCCUGACUGCACUCUGACUUCUAAGGACCAAAGUACAUAUGACAGCAACAGAUCCAUGUGCUUCUAUUUGGAUCUUUUCCAGUUACAGUGGUACCUUGGAAGUCAAACGGAAUCUGUUCCGGAAGUCUGUUCAACUUCCAAAACAUUCAGAAACCAAGGCAUAGCUUCUCAUUGGCUGCAGGAAGCUCCUGCAGCCAAUAGGAAGCUGCGAUAUACGUUAGAGUUCCAAAGAACGUUUGCAAACCGGAACACUCACUUCCAGGUGUGCGGCAUUUGGGAGCCAAAGCAUUCAAAUUGCAAGGCGUUCACCAACCAAGGUACGACUGUAUAUAUAAAGCAGGGUUGGGGUUGCAAUUUAGGGGGUGGGUAGAUGCUGAGGCUCAGAGGGGCAGUAGCUCAGUGGUGCACCCCAUACUGUGCAUUCACAAAGUCCCAUGCUCAAUCCCUGGUAUCUCCAAAUAGGACUAGGAAGAACUGAGUGUGAAACUCUCAGAGUAGACAGUACUGAGGAAUAAUGGUCUGACUCACUAGUCCCUUCUGCAUUAUACACUUAAAGCAGUAUCAGACCACUUUAAACAGCCAUGGCUUUCUCCAAAGAGUUUUGGAAAGUGUAGCUUCUAAUGGCUGCUGAGAGGUGUUAGGAAAUCUCUAUUCCCCUCACAGAGCUACAAUUCCCAGAGUCCUCUGGGGAAAUGGAUUGACUGAUAAACCACUCAAAAAAUGUAGCCAUGCAUGUGUGGUGGUGGGGAAUAGGGGCCUCCUAAUGACUCUAAGCAUCUUUAACAAACUGCAAUCCCCAGGAUUCUUUAGGGGAAGCCAUGACUGUUUAAAGUGUCCUGUUCAAGGGAAGUCAUAGUACUGCUCUAUUCUGCCUUGGUCAGACAACACCUGGAGUACUGUGUCCAGUUCUGAGUACCACAGUUUAAGAAGUAUAGGGACAAGUUGGAAUGUGUGCAGAGGAGAAUGACCAAGAGUCUGGAAACCCUAUGAGGAAUGGGUGAGGGAGUUGGGUAUGCUUAGCCUGGGAAAGAGGAGAGUUAUAGGAGGUAUGAUAGCCAACUUCAAAUAUCUAAAGGGCUAUCACAUGGAAGAUGGAGCAAGCUUGUUUUCUCCUGCUCUGGAGGGCAGUACCCGAACCAAUGGCUUCAAGUUACAAGAGAGGACUAAACAUCAGGAAGAAGUUUCUUUCAUUAAGAGCUGUUUGACAGUGGAACUUACUCCUUUGGGAGAUUAUGGACCCUCCUUGCUUGGAGCUUUUUAAGCAGAGGUUGGAUGGGCAUCUGCCAUGGAUGCUUCAGUUGAACUUCCUGCAUUGCAAGGGGGUUGGACGAGAUAACCUUUCCAACUCUACAGUUCUAACUGGUGGCUCUUAUCUGUGGCAAGUAAUUACUUAUAGCUGAUGCUCUGGCACCAAAAUAUUCCAAUUUUUUUGAUAAGGAGAAGUGAAGCAGUUUUAUGUGUUUGUGUUGACCUGCCCCAUGUCUUUUACCAUGGAGCCUGUUCCACAGCCACUUUUCUGCCAGCUAGGCUCAUUUACAUUAUUGGAUGCCGGCUUUGGCUGUCUCUCACCUUCUUCUGUUGUAGCACAGACACAACUGGGAAAGGCCCUUGACUGAGUCAGCGUACACAUCUCAUAUUCUAGCAGCUAUGUGUGUGCAGAUGCAUAGCUCUGUUCAGGUAACACAUGCUGGCCCACCACUGCUGCUUCACGGCAGCGUAUAUUUGAGUGGGCAGCAAGUGGCAACAUAGUGUUGGAGGACAGAAGAGUGUGUGUCACACGGCUCGCUGCCCUCAGGUGUGGCGGAGGACGCUGUCCUGUCGCCAGUGCUGAAAUUAAGAUUCAUCUGCCAGUCUGGUUGGCUUCUUUAUGUGGGGUGCAUGUGUGCCAUCCUAUCCUUUCCUCAGAAAGCAAAAUGCCUUUGGAGUAGGAAGGCCUCAGGCUGCGUAAGCACUAUACAUUUAAAGGACAUUCCAAGCACAUUUUCCCUCUCAGGGAAUUAUGGGCACUGUAUUUUGUUAAGCGUUGCUGGUAUUUGUAACUCUGUGAGGGGUAAACUAUGCAGAAUUCUUUAAGGGGGGGGAUGUGCUUGGAAUGUGCUUUAAGGAUUUAGGCCUACACUUCUGCUUGCCCUGUGCCUAGAAAGCAUGGGUUCAAGCAGUUUUCCAAUCCGAGUGGUUUGGCUUUUGCCCUGUGGCUUCCCCAGGAAAACCCACUCUUCUGCGCUAAAUCAUAACCAAGCAAAGUGUGGAUUAGCCCUUUGUCUAUUCACAGCCUCCAUUAAAUCGAAGACAAUGCAGCAGGAGGUUUUUGCUCACUCCUCACAGGCAAAGCUGUACACAUAAAGGGGCAUCAUAUUCUAUUAUGACACAAGAAUGCCCCCUGGAAAGUCAAAAGCAGCAAACGUACUUGAAUUAUAAGGAAGGCAGGACAGAGCCUGGUAGACAACAACAGUCUCCUUGUCUUUUGUGACGGCCCUGUGAAAGCCCUUGUUUUUAAAUAUUGAUCACUCCAUAUUGAAUUGUUUUUGGAGUAAUCAAACGACAGCUUCCCUGGCACGUUGCAAGUGUCCUAAAUUCACUUGCCUCAGCAAAUCUGUUUGAGUGUCUAGUCUGGCAAGAAAGAAAGGAGUUUCUGCCAAUUCACCUUCUCACUAUCUGCUCUUCUGAUGUUUGAGAAUCUGUCAGUUGCUCAAACCCCAGUGUUAAAAGUUAACAUGCAAAACAUGUUAGUGUUCUUCAUCCUACACCACGCCUAUGAGACAGUUUCUAUAGGCCAAGCCUUGGGAAAUAGCUACACCCAUUGGCUGGAGGGGAAAGCCCAGUCUCUGCCUCCUCAGUUGUGGUAAGUUCACUCAUCUCCCCUAGCUCUUCUGCACUGUAUACCGUACACACAGUUCAAAAGGAGAAUAUCUCUGCCUACAAACUCAGUUUUUUGGACUUCCAAGGAGCUUUUCUUCACACUAGGCUUGCCAUACAUCAGGAAAAUUUCUGACAUGUCCUGGUUUUGGGGUGUAAAAAUGGUGUCAGGAGGGAAUUUUGCCGAACUGGCAAAAUGUCAGGAAAAACUGGGUGCAUGGCAACACGAUGGAAAAAGCAGCAGAAACAGCUCCAAAAGCUUGAAAUUGCAGGUUUCAGGAUUUUUACUUUUUGAAAUAUGGCAACCCUACCUCACAUCUAACAUGGUGAGUUCAUCUGCCAGAUUGCUAUAUGUAUGGCAAGAGAAAUUAUUCUUUUGCUUUCUCUUGUGUUGUGCAUUUUUGCCUAAAUCAGUGCUGCUCACUUCAAUUCGCAUCUGGUAUCUUACCUAAAAUAAAACAUUUUCAGUCAGAUAUUCUGGAGUUUGCCAAAUGGAUCAGCCCUGGAGUUUUGCCCCUUGCAUAUCUUACCUGCUUGGUUCAAGAGAAAAAGAAUUUGAACAACUGCCUCUUGCAAGCCCUGUCUUUCUAGCCGUUACUCAUUAGCCAACAUGGUUCCCUCAUCCCUGACCAUAGGCCAUGCUGCCUUAGGUUGGUGUGAGUUGGUAACAUGUUGGCGGCCCCUGCAUUGCCCUAUAGCACACCUAUGUCCACUCAACCAUAGAAAAAUAUAUUCCAGUUAAUUGGAGAGAAAGGUCCUGUCUCUACUAACGCAGAGGUUGCGAUCGGGACUUGGGUCAAAGGCAGGGCAGAUUUGCUACAGCCCCCUAAGCUAUUGCUUUUAGAAAUCUAUGUGGAAGCCAAUAAUUAAUUAAAUUUUGGGAAGUCAGGGAGGGAGUCUUGUGGAUUUCAUUAAGUGCCUCACUACAUAUUCCCCCCAAUGAUCUAAGAACUUGUCAAAAACUGCCACAAGAAGGAGAGAGUUUGUAUCUUUGAUUUUCACAGUGACCCGUAUACAUUGGUUGGAAAACACACUGGGGUCACGUCCUGACUCUCUCAAGACACCCACAAAAUAGGUCAAAGGGUUGUUCACAUUUUCCCUACACGGCUGGCUUCUCCUUGCAUGUUUUUAAAAAUGGGGACUUAGGGUGACGCUGAGUGCAGAAUCUAACUAAAAUGAUUUAAGAACCUAUUUGAAUAUUUAGGCCACUUUCAGAAUUUGAACACAUCAGACAUGUCCAGGUCAUACAAACCAGCAUCUUCUGAGAAACUUUAGAAGUUAGCUACUUUUCAUAACAGACAAAUACAUCAAGCUAGCCAUAUAAUUUUCAAUUAAAAUUAUAUCCCAUAGAGUUAGGCCACAGAUUGCCCCCUUCUGUGUGUUCUGAGGGCCACUGUUUUCCAGACAGGGGGCUGGAAAGGUAUGUUGCUGAACAAACAGACCUCAGGUUCAAUCACAUAUGGUACAUGUUACAUACAAAAUCAAAAAAAUAUAUUAAAGGUAGACUAGUUGUUUCUUACAGCAUUCCUUUUUAUGCUUUUAUUAAAAGAUUUUCUUGGGCAACCAAAGUACAUACAACACCUCUGUUUCCAAAUCAUAGAGUCCUUCCUACAGGUUAGUUACAUUCGGUGUGAGACAUUCUCUUUUUUAAGACUCAAAGUUGUGGCCAGAGUUCUUGUUACACCUCCAUAACAUGCACAGUACAAUCAACAAGGCCAAAUAAAGUUGCCUUGGGGGAUGGAUUCAGCCCAGACUAUCUCUGAUUUAAACAGUGGGAUUUAAGUAUGAUUUUCGCUGGAUUUUGCUUAAAAUUUGCUUUGUAGUGUACUUAGUUUGUUUAUUUGCGGCCAGCUCAUUCUUAAUUUCACCAUCCAUCCUUUAUAAUUUGUGAGCUCAGCUCACAAAUGUUAUUUCAGGGUUGAGCUAGUAAAUAAAUGUGUAUUAUAUUGUUGAAAGCCCGGCUACAUAAAUAUAGAAAUAAAUGACACACUUACAGAUUGCAUCAUCAGAAACUAAAAAGUUCUAUGCUAAUUCAAAGCAGAUUGGCACUUCUUUUAUGACUUUAUAGGAAGCUCCUGAAAUGCAGUGUUCACAUUUUGCAUGCAUGGAGGUUUGUUCGCCUCCAGUGCCUCCAGAUCUGAAUUCAUUUUUAGUUCUCCUUACAAGAAGCUUACAUUAGUUCUUGUAUCAUAUAAAAAAGAAACUUUUGGGAUAAAAUCCAGAGGAGCAAAAUGAGGGACGUUAGAGUGAAAAGGCUGUGUUCUUACUAGAGGGAACUAAACUUACAGAAAAGAUCCUUUUGCUGAAAUAGUUUUCUGAGACAUUCACUUUCUUCCCAUAAUUCAUAUGCUAUGUCCCCGCUGAGUCCACCAUUUUGUGUUGGAGCUAAUGAUUCCAAGCCCCAACCCCAUUAUGAUGAUGGGAAAAAGCAGGAACCAAAGAAUUCUAGGGUUAAGAUGAGACAGAUAGCAGCAAAUACAGGGGGAGGGGAGGAGGCACAGAAUCUCUUUAUGGAAAGAGUCUGUAACUUAGAUGCCCAGGAAUGUUUUGAGACAGCUCAGCCAAAAUAUGUCAAAGGCGGCCAAGCUUCCCACUAAUCCGGUAUGCCAACAGCCCUGUAGUGCAUGUUCCUUCCCUUUGCCCAAGUAUCUUCCUCAGCCUCAGACAGACCUUGUGGUGUUGCGUGGAUUUGAGGAGGGGGUGUCAGGUGUCAGUAUUAUUUGAUGAUGCAAAUAGGGUGGCCACUUAUGCACCACCAUAAAAAUAAGAAAUGCAUCUCUGAGAAAGAAGGCAAAAGAGGACACAGAAUUGCAUAAACUUUCAAUUUGCUGAUUUAUAUUUUGUAGAUGCAAAUUUAGAAAUAGAUGUCUUUGCGCUCCCUUCCUACAUCUGUUUAUCAUUGAACUGGACAGCAAAGAGAAGAUCCUUCCAAACAGAGAAUUGACAGCCUUUCAAUGGUGGACAUGUGUAAAGUAGGAGACAUGUCCACUCUCCAAAUAAAGACACUGCCAGGCCAUCAUAUGUAUGUAAGAGAGGUUCCUAGGAAAGCAUCUGCAAUCAUUGGAAAAAGCGUAUGCAGGCCUGCUUACUGGCAGAUCUCGCCAUUUCCCAAAAUAUUUUCAGACCAAUCUUUUUGACUUCUGACUCUGUCUACUGUUGGUCCUCAGUGUUUUCUUGUUAGCGUAACACUGUUGACAUUUCCUCACCGCAGACCAAUUGGGAACUUGACAGCCAUACAGCGCUGUUUGUUAAUGGGGCAAGAGCUGUCUGAUGGAGCCUGGCUGGUUGGCUGGCUGCAUACAUGAUGUCAGUGGCAGCUGGACUCCUAGCUGUAUGAUGGACGGUUGAUGAAAUGAAACAUGCUGAGGCUAGUAGACUGUAGAGAAACACAGCACAGGCACAAAAUAUUCCAUUUUUUAAAAACCGCAAGCCAUAUUUGAAUGUGGAAAGUCUAAUUUUUAGAAGCUUCCAAAUGCUUUUGACAAUCUAAAACCAUUGUCCACCAAUUGCUAAUGAUGCUAACACUAAGUUGGUGAAGCACCUUAAAUAGAGUGGAGAUUAGGAUAACCCGCUGCAUAAGAGGAGGGGCUCCUGAACCUUUGAUUGUUAUGUUAAAAUGGCAAUUCCUGCAGGGACAGUUUUUCUCACCCUUUUUGCUGUUCUGUGCAACCCUCAAAACAGAGACGGGAAGCCUGUGCACACAAACACACCUGAUGUUGCUGGCCUAUAACUCCCAUCAUGCCUGACCAUUGGGCAAUCCUGGCUGGGGCUGAUGGGAGUUGGAGUCCAACACCACUUGGAGGGUCACAGUUUUCCCAUAAAUAUAUAGUAGUCCUAUCUUACUUUGCAUGGGCAGUCAAAGCAUUUAUACAUGGGAAGAGGAGAAUUGUACCAAUUGCCCAGCGUCCUUGUCGUAUCUGACCAUACGUGUUGGAACUCACAUCUGCACAGGGGCCUUACACAGAAAGUCCAAUACACCAUGACUAUGUUCAUGUGAUUUUUACCCUUGAAAAAUAAAGGGUAGGAAUCCUGUGUUCAGAGCCUACAUUCACUGGAUAUAGGCAGAAGUCCUUGUGUGGACCAAACCUACGUGGAAGCUCAGCAUGGUUAAGGAUUGAGUUAAGAAGACACUUCACUACCAUCCACAUUAGGGUUCUAUCUGUUUACAAUAUGGGGAUAUGUUUUCAGAGAUUUUUGAGUUUUCAUUAGUGAAAUAUCUUUAAAAAUACCCAGGUUGAUCCUGUUAUUAAAGCCAAUGCUUUUUUUCUUAAAAAAAUGUUUAGGGGUAUUCUCAUUUUCAUACUCAUACUGAAAUACUGCCCCUCAAUGAGGCCAAACUUAGAUUCAAAAAAUGUUUAGGGGUAUACCCCUGCAUCCCCCCAGAAAAAAGCACUGAUUAAAGCAUAUUCAAGAGAAACUCAUUCCAUGGUGGGGCAGCAGUAUUGGACAUGCCUACUCUGCCCAGCCUCCAUGCAUUUGUGGCAACAUCUAGCUAGUUUAUGAUGGAAUAUAAACUAUUUUAGCCAUUUGCCAAGGCUUGGUGGCAGCAGAUUCAGAAUAUACACGGAUCUCAGAUGCCCUGUCAGCUAAUUAUUUUUAAUGUGGAACCACAGAGGGAAUUUGACUUGAUACACUGUUAUUAUUAUGUCCCCAAUUAAUCAUAGGUACAGUAUUGGUUUCUUACUAUGUCAGCAUUGAAUACCAGAUUUGUCCAUAUAUGGCCUUUAAAUGUCUGCAUGCGGUUUAACGUCACCUUCUUUGCUUUAAUUUAAGACCUGACAACUUUGCUAACAUCAGUGAAGUUUUGAACAUUAUAGUGCUGGUAUAAUAUUAGUAGAGCAUCCUGGAAAAAUACAUAAAAAUAUAUUUUAUGUAUUUUAAGAUUAUAUUUAACCCCACUUUCCCAAUUCUUCAGGCAGCUUACAAAUCAGUAAAAGGCAAGAAAAAUAAAACCCAAUUAAAACUAAGCAUACUAUUAACCACACUAAAGUGACAAUAAAUACUAAAUUCAGCUGCAGCAAAGCCAUAAGCAGCCCCAAAAGGAAAGCAGUUUGGCUGUUGGGACAGUGCAUUCCAAGACUGGGACAUGGGGGUCAGAGAGGUGAUCAGUUUCUUCAGUGAACAUGCUGCAAAAAAAUACUGUUGUGGGAAUGGACCACUAAUGGACUCCAUGUUUUAUUGUUUCGUAUAUUAAUUGAAAUAUUUAUAUCCUGCCUAUCCAACUCACAAUGAAAGCAGCGCCAUAAUUGAAGAACAAUCACACUGUGACCUUAAAAAGCAACAAAAACAGUACAGCAGCUGGUAACCAGCAGUAUACUUUUCAGCAGUGAGAUUUAGGAAUGAGCCAAACUAUAAGCAUGCCAGAAUAAAAAAUGUGUUGGCCUGAAGCCCACAAAGAAAGGGAACAAUGUGAUCUUGUGGACUAGGGAGUUGUACAGCCUGGCUUUGAUAAUUCUCCUGUGUCUUCACCAAGAUUUUUAUCUAUUUAUUUAUUUUUGCUGGGUAUGUUGUUUCUGAAGACAAUUCAAGCCGUUGGUAUUAAGCUAUGAGUCUGUCAUGGCUUCGGAACCAGGUACUUUAAGGACUGCUUUAUGAGUACCAAGCUAUAUGGAAGUUAAGAUCCUCUACUGAGUUCCUUCUCAGAGUGCCACCGCUGUUGGCAACAAAGGUGGUGAGUGCCCAGAGUGUAUAAUUCCCUCACAGAGGAGUUCGUCUGGCUGUCUUUAAGACUGGCAGAUGAAGGUGGGGGCAAGGGGUGCGGUCCACCCCGGGUGCCAUCUGGGGGGGUGUCAUCACGUCUGCCCCCGCCCCCCGGAAGUUUGGCGCUUGCUGCGCACCACUGGGACACUCGCCACUUGCCAUGCACGUCCUGGAACGUGUGCAGCUUGCCAUGCACCUCCCCCCCAAGGGCAGCGUGCCAUGCCCCCUGGGACGCAUGCCAGCCACGCUCCCAGAUGUACGCCACUCCCGGUGCCGGAUAUAUAUGAAUGAAUAGGAGCAGCCCACCCAUGAGGCAAGGUGCCAUGACCACCUCAGACAGCAGGAUCCACAGGGGCAGCUGAUAUGGCCUCCAAGGAAUGCAUCACUUGCUGAUACUGUGGUGGCGACAGAAGCAGCAGCAGCUGCAGCGUGCUCCUUGGAGGUUGAAUCUGCUACCUCCUCACCUUCCUAAUACCAUCUCUCUUCUUAAUGUCGCAUCUACAGCAGCCACAUGGUGGAUUGGAGACACUGCUAGUCUCCUUCUCCCACACCUGUUCGAGAUGUAAAUCUUUAUUCCCCCUGAUGUAGAUCUUCACUCACUCCUUCUUCCCUGGCAUGGAGGCUGAACAUUUUGUGGUCUGCCUCAGGUGCCAAAAUAUCUUGAGCCAGUCCUGUAUAUGACUGUAAAGUGAGCAGUUAAGUUGCACGACAACUGGCCCUUUUACAUUAAGGUUACCAGUUUUUUUCUAAUGAAUCCAGGGACACUUUUCAACUUCAAUGGAUUUUGUCAAGGGACUGAUUUGUAAAUCUGGGGACUGUCCCCGGUAAACAGGGAUGUCUGGUAAUCUUAUUGUACAUACUCCCGAGGUUUCAUGGAGAGUGUGCACAUAAUCUGUCCAUGAAGAAGGAAGUGUGCACAUUUCCCCAACACACUUUAGAAAAUGUGCAUAUAUUGAUGUUAUUAUGUACAUUUUCUGGUCAUUAUGCAUAAUCCCCAAUUAGCCAUUAUCUGGGCUGUUUCUGCCCCACAGACUAAUCUUAUAUGGUCCUCAACAUAUCCUCAGUCCAGUCUACUUUUCACCAUUCUCAGCAGUUCUCCAGUCAGCUGAGCAGCGAAACAGGGAUGGAAUUGCAGGAAGAGGAAAGCUUAAUAUCUUCCCUGCCCCUUCCACCAUAUUGAUAGAAAUUGCUCCCCUACGCUGCUAUUAAGCUCAGGAAAAUGUUGAAUAGCAGCAUAGGGUCAGUAAUCAUUGGAAUCACAGGGGAGGGAAAAGUUAAUUAGUUGAGAAAGGCUUGCCAUGCAAAGAAAAAAGAGCUGGGAGAGAAAGAAUGUGAAGUACCAGAAUUCUCAUGGGAAGGAAAGUGGAGGCAACACUGAAUUCUCUGAGGAAUCAACAGAAGCUGCUGCCAAGUAAUAGGAAUUGUUAAUGUUGAUUCUGCUAAGCAGGGAUGCUUUCACAAGAGCACUUGAAAAAAUAAUCUUGCACUAAGUGUGAUUGCCCCCUGAAAGAGAAAGCAGCUCAUCAUUGUGAACUCUUCUGUGGCAUCAGCCUGUAACCCUUUUCAUGUAAUAGUUUCUCCAUACUAGGUAUGGGGAAGCUGUGGCCCUCCAGAUGUUGCUGGCCACCAGUUCCCAUCAACCCCAGCCAUACAUGGCCAAUAGUCAGAAAUGAUGGCAGUAGUGUAGCACCCUGCUUGUGGUUAACGCUUAGCUGGAAUGAAAUAUUCAACACAGCAACAGAGAAAUUAAAAUAAUAAUUUAUUUGUCAGACAAAUAAAUGAGAGACACAGUGGUAUAUGGUUACCAAAGCUCUGCCCACUCCAGCCCUGAUGGCCAGCACUUAUAUUUCCUCAGCCCAGCCCCCUUGCUCCUCCUUUGGCUGCCUCUGUCCAAUCAGCCUGGUUGAAAUUCCUAUUGGCUGUUUGCUAGAACCAAUCAUAAAAGAUACACCCAUUUCCUAUUACCUUUUAUGGGAGACAAAGAGCUAUAUUUCCUUCUAUCCAUAAAUGGCAGACAAGUAGCCAUAUAUCUUAUAUUUGCCUCGACCAGGCACCUUAAUUACCAGAUAACCUUUUUGCUCUAUUGCCCUAUUAACCUAUUGCCCCUUCACUCCAAAACAGAUGGCUAAAACAGAUGGCUCAUGGUAACAGAGAUCUUGGGUUCACAUUCUCACACACCAUCAAUGAAAUAAGAAUCUAACAUAAGAAUCUAACAUUUCUUACUUUCUAAAUCCUUUGCAUAAUUACAUUUAAGCCAAUAUAUUUCAUACAUUAACAUAGAUAGAUUUUUAGAAGGAAAGGCCUUUGCAAAGUAAAAAAGGAACUCAGUAGAAAACAGCUUCAGAGAGAAGCCUCUUCAGUUUACAACUCCCUUUUCCCAGCCAGCUGCUGUUCCUAUUAGCUCUUGCCCUUUAACCUUAUGAAAAUAUGACUCGAGUCUAAUGGGAGGCACAUGGUAUUAUUUUCUAAUAAACAAUAAAUUUUACUAUUUACCAACUCUUAAUUAGUGUUUUUGCAGCUUGAUUGUAUUCUGUAAUUUGUAGGGUCAAUGUAACCUUUGCUCCCAGCCUGUAUUUCCCUUUUACAACUUCGAGAAACGUGUCUCCUGUUACUGCUAUAAAUCAGGGGGGCCUUAUUCAAGGAGAUAAACAACUGCCAAAGUACUUAGCCAGCUGCUUUAUGCCGGGCAUAAAACAUACAAACAUUUAUAAAUAUAUUUUUUAAGCUCAUUUUAAAAUGCAGGCCUUGAUCAGAUGCCUCAGUAGAAGUUCAACAAUAGCUGGAGGACCACUGUUUCCCCACCCCUGAUGCAGGAGAAGAUGGUCCUUCAAGUAACCUAAUCCCAGGCUAUUUGGUUUAUUGAUUUAAAGGUACUAACAAGCACUUCGAAUUGGGUUCAGAAAUGAACUGGUAGCCAGUGCAGAUGGAACAGCAAUGGAGUCAAAUGGAGGAUGUGACUGUGUUCUGCACUGAUUGCUGGUUUGCUUCAGAGACAAAUCCACUGCAGGGACGUAUAACAAAGCUCCAGUGGCCUCAUUUGUCUUGCAAAAAUGUCAUGAAAAGGUGGUGAUGGUACCACCUUACGGUACCACCAGGUGUGGAAAUCCAGCUGUCUGAGAACAUUGGAGGCGGGGAGGAAGCACCUGCCGAGGGAAUAUUUCUAACCUCUCCCUUCCCUUUUAUUCUUUAUCCUAUUCUUUGAAAAGGAAAAGGCAUUGUCCAGGCAUGGCUAUUCAUAGCUUUAUCUGUAGUUUGUCCCACAGUAUGCUAAAUACAUGAUGGGUGUGUGUGUACACACACACAAACUCUGGCAACCCUUUGUGUACUGCGCUGAAUAUUUCCAGCACUAUCCCCAACUUUCGAUGUAUCGCAUGGAACAUUUUUGCACCAUCACAUUACAUUUGCAACAACAGCGGUAGGAAAUAAAGUAACACACUUGGAGCAGUGAUAUGUGAGAGGCUUCCAGGCCUACAGUGCCAGGUUGCUCUGUAAAUCAUUUUGACCCAUGUCACUUGAGCAAGUAAGAAAACACAGGGCGAGUCUGUAUACUUCUUCUUUUUUUAAGCCAAUGUAAUCAAGACUACAAGCUCUGUGUCAAUCUAAUGGCUUGUCUAAGAGAGAAGCAAGAUGCUUUGUACACAUUUUCACACACCAUCCUGUAAUCCUAUGGAAGUGUCUCUCUGCUGAAUUGACUUUAGGUUAGCUUUGACUGAUAAUCUUCCUUCUUGCAGAAGCCUAUCUGCUUAGCAAGUCUGUUCAAAGGCGGGUCAACUGCUGUCAAAAUUUCAAAAAUCCAUUGUCACAGUACCAUGUCUGGGUAUUAGCAUAAAUGUGGCUUGUGAUUACAGGCCUAUAACCCACUUUAGCUAAGUAGUUAUAUUGUUAAUUUUCAGGGCUUACCUCUGCUUAAAAACCUCCAAUGAAGGAGAGCUCACCAUCUUCAAAUGGAGUCCAUUCCACUGUUGAAUAGUUCUUACUGCCAAAAGUUCUUCCUGAUGAUGAGUCGUGAUCUCCUUUUGCAACUUGAAUCUAUUGGGUCCUAGCCUCAGAGCAGGAGAAAACAAGGUUGCUCCAUCUUCCAUGUGACAGCCCUUUAGAUAUUUGAAGAUGGUUAUCAUAUCUCAAUCUCAAUCUCCUUUUUUCCAGGCUAAAUAUACCCAACUCCUUCAACCAUUCCUCAUAAGGCUUGGUUUCCAGACCCUUGAUCAUCUUGGUUGCGCUACUCUGCACAUGUUCCAGCUUGUUCAUAUCUUUGUUAAAUUUGGGGGCCCAGAACUGGACCCAGCCUCCAGAUGUGGUCUGACCAAGGCAGAAUAGAGUGGGACUAUGAUUUCAUUUUUAAGCCAUAUAGCUCUCAAAUAAGCAUGGCCUAUGUUUUUCAGGGCUUUUAUCUUUGUGCUUUUCUUUCUUUCUUUCUUUCUUUCUUUCUUUCUUUCUUUCUUUCUUUCUUUCUUUCUUUCUUGUCAUCCACACUUCUGUUUGCCCCAAUGCUUUCCCUUGGGAAAAGCUGCAGUUUAGCACUGAAUUGGAACAAAUGGCAAUAAGGUUUCCGCUGAUUGCUACUUGUUCCAGUUUAACACCAAAGACCAGAUUUUCUUUGGGAAAAUGACAGAACAAAGGCCAAAUUGCUCAGACCUGUACCUAGAAAGCAUGGAAUAAGCGGAAAACCACUUGGACUCGUGUUUUCUAAGCACGGGACAAACGAAAGCAUCAAUGAGCCCUUUCUUUCGCUACUAGUAUGAUAAUCUCUGGACGUAACAUCUGACUUGUUGCCACUUCUGUGGCCUUUCAUACCUGGAAGGUUACUCUUUUGGUAGCAAGUGUCAUCCAGUGGGCCAUAUAUGAGCUGUAAUUCCACAUACAUGGAAAAGAAGCUAAUGAUAUUCAAGUUCACUAGCAGCAUCUUAAGCAAUAAGGAACUUGGUUUUACAGCAUGAGGCUAGAGAACUGAAAAGAGUCAGCCUGUAAGCAUUUCUUUAGUACAAUAAAACACAACUGCCGGGCCUUGGCAAAAACGGACUCUUGUGAGCACUAUUAUAAGAUAGAGUUAAGCCACACAGGCUUCAUGUAUCCGAUUCUUCAGAAAUCCCCUACAGCUCAGAACAUUUCUCUUAUCUUGCUUUACUUACAAAGGCCGUGUUCCCAGAUGUGGGGAAAUUGAACAUAUUGGUAGGCUGCACAGCACAGCAAGCAGAGCAACCAAUAUGUGCAUUGCUCUGCCACAGUGAAAUUAAUAGGACAGAAUAGGUCUGCCUGCCUGUGUGGCACAGAGAUGCACAACUCUGUUUAUCUCUGUGGUUGCUCAUUGUGUGCGGGUGUUAGUACAAAUAGGAGGGGGAGUGUGGCAUAUGGGUCAGAGCAGGACAAUUUGGGCCCAUUGCCAUGACUGGAAUAGGCUCUGAAUAGGCCCUUUUAAUGGGUUGAAAGGUGUAUACUUUAAAAACUAGAAAUCUCUCUCUCUGUGUGUGUUCAGUUGGGUUUGGGCAGCGCCACAUUUAGGUGCUGAGCUGAGGGGGCACAAAAUUAUGAUGAUGAUAUCACCUAUAUUUGUACAGGUCAUACUGAGAAGGUCCAUAAAAAGCAGCUGUACCAAAAAUAAUUAUUGUGAAAAUAAGGAAUAUUGGGGGGCACCCAAUUUUUUUCUUGCACCAUAUUAUCAGAGUCUGGUCCUGGUUUGUGAUUUGUCAGUUGAUCCAAAAGAGCUGCAUGGGGGAGGAGAGAGAGAGAGAGAGAGAGAGAGAGAGAGAGAGAGAGAGCUACCUGUGCAUUUUAAUGGAGAUAUUUCAGUUCCUAGAGUUACACCAGCUUGACUCAGUGUUUCCAGCGUGACCAAUCGCAGAAUACAUUCUAAUAGACCACAGUUAGGAGCUGCUCUGUUAGGUGAAAUAAGCAGAAGGAGCUGCAAAAUUCAACAUGGUCCCUUGACUUUAAAUCUUGUGAUUGGAUUUGUUUUCAAAAGUCAACAACUGGAGGGCCACGGGUCCAGUGUUUUAAUACAAUUCUGCAGAGAGACUCUGGAAAAGUUUCCAAAACAAGCACAAUGACUUGUCUAUGGUUGCAAAGGAAGUUUGUGAUAGAGUAUGGGCCUGAAACCAUUUCUUUUCUGCCCAAGGGAGAAGCUUGCUCCUGUUUUGCUGGUUGCUGUAGUUGAGAGCCUGACAGCACCCUUAAGACUAUUUGGUAAUGAUUCAUUGUCUUGUGAGUCAGCUUCCAUAUUAAGCAUAGAUCACUAAGGCGAUAUUUCCAUUGAACGUGUUCCAAAGCUGCAAUAAACCAUUUUGGCAGAACUUCUAAUGGCUCCAGUGCCCCUUGGCACCAUUUGAGGCUCCUAAGUUAAUUAGGCCCUGCUUGUGCAUUUUUACAACUGAGAGAAAAAGUGUGGUGCAGAUUUCAGUGCAGGCGCUUGGUGGCAGUGCUGUUAAAAUAUCCAUUUGUGCUGAAGUGGAACACUGUGGUUCAAAGCUGUCAGGAUUUUUCCACGCUCAGUAGGAGGAUGCCAGGAAACGAAGAAAGUAACCUCGCCCACCUCAUCACACCCCAGCUAAGCAACUUUCCCUUUCCUCUCCAUAUGUUCUGACAAUUUGCAUUCACAUUUGCCAGAUACAUUGUGUUGGUGUAUUCGCAACCUUGGAACCUCGGCGGCUUUGCUCCUGCCUUGCUAAGGAUUUAAUAAGUUGACGGUUGCAAAAUCUCUUGGACCCAGCCAUUUCCCUAGCAUGGCUUUAAUGAUGACAACCACUGUGCCUGUUUGGAUCCAACUGCCUUGUGCUUCAGGGUUUUAAAGACCAGAUGUCCCUUCUCUGUGUGUGUCACAUUCUUUUAAAAAUCUGGCCAUAAUUGGAGCUGUGUUUGGUAUGCUGAAAAAUCUGCCACUUACUUUGAUGCCUAAUGAGAACCAAGUCCUUAGGAAGCCUGAUGGAUGGAGUGACGGAAAGCAUGGGAAAACUUAAUUCCAUAAUUUGAGUAUUAUUUUCUUUUUAUUGAUGACAUCCUAUGUUCUCUGGGUGGCACAGCUAAAUAUGGCUAGGAUACAAUAUGGAAAAUAAAAUAAAUCACAAUUACCGUUUAAGACACAGCCCAGCAGAGAUUAAGCAACACAAUUAAGCAUGAAUAAGUCCUUAAAAAUUUAAAGGAUACACUAAUAAAAGUAGGAUGGUGGUGGGUGUGCAAUUGAAUUCCAAUCUUCAGUGAUACCACACAAAAUAAUUUGGACCCAGAAUUAGAUAGAUCCCCAAAUACUUAUUAGGAUAUAUCACAAGCAGAGAACAGGAGCGAGUAAAUGAAGUCAUCAUGAGAAUAAUAAAAAGAAUCAUUGUGUAUGUUGGCACCCUUUUUUCUCUAGUUCAGCUUUCCCAUGCAAACAAUUAGCUUUGUGCAAGAUGUACGUUUGGGUGGAUCAAAAGCUGUUGUGUUAUUUUGCACAGGAUUCAAACAGGGCAGGAUGGAAAGUUAAAAUGCCUCCCAUCAAAUGCUGCAAGCAAUUUAAAAAAAAAAAAAAAUUGAAGGAGCCACAGUCCAAAUACAUAGGUAUAGGUACAUGAUUCUUGUUUCCCUUCCUCACAUGAAAAAUGAAGAGAUGGUAGACAUUAGCUUUUCAGUAAGAAGACAGCAGUUCUCUGCACCUUUCUCAGCUGCUAUUACACCUACAGGUUCUUUACAGCUUUCAAGGACAUUGUUGUACAGGCUACAAUUUGCUCACAUUUCCUUCACAGCUGUGACCAUGAGAAGCCCUCUUAUUCCUCUGACACUCUUGAGAAUAAGGGCCUUUCCAGAUGGUUGUUUAAGAAGAGGAUGCUAUUCUUCAGUAAGAUAUUUAUGCUAGACCUACUCUAGAAGUGGCUGUGUGGUGUCCCAGUUUCCAUGCAAUGAAGGGAAGGGCAGCCUUGUUGCAGAAGUUAGCGAUGCUUAUGCUUGCAAACAAGGUAGAUGUGCUCUUUGUUUUCAAGAUGAAGGAUACACACACAAUUGAAAGGAUGGUGCUGAAAAAAGAAAUGAGGUAUUCUGAAAAUGGAACUGGCUAGCAGGUGCUCCUCAGUUUUUCUAAAACAUAUACUUAAAAAGCUGUCCGAGUGUAAUCAUCACCAUCAUCAAUAAAACAGCCAUUUUUAAAAGGUACGGAAUGCUGUGGGAUUGGGAGGAAAAGAUACAAUGGAGAACUUUGUAUGUUUUACAGCAUUGGCUGUCCAUCUAUAGAAUUCAUUAAAAGAGAUAUAUAAAUAAGACAACAGGCCUAAACAAUUUUCAACUGCAGGGUUUGUUGCACAAAUCACUUCCUUUUGGUAUCGUAAAAAGGAGAUGAGAUGGCAAGCUGUAAGCACAUGAUUUAUGAAAAACCAAAAACCAAAUAUAUGCACUGCAAUAUGUAUUCAUGAGCUUAGGCAAUGCCCUUGGUAAAGGCAGGUGCUCUCUCUUUCCCAGGGAAUCCUCCUGUACUCAAGGCUGGAAGCCAGCUGUGCUGAUGGCAGAAGGGGCACUGAUCCAAGGUUAGGUUGCCAGGCUGCAAGAUGGGGAUCACAUUUAUCUCUUUCACAAAUCCACAGCUGUGAAAAGAAAGCUAUGAAAAUUGAAGAUAUUGAGUGCAGUAUUCAACUAAGUUGACUGAUUUAACUUAAUGAACAUGACUGUGUUAGGACUACAGAUUUCACUAGGUCUGCUCUGAGUGCAACUUAGUUGACUACCACCAUAAAGCAGUACAUCUAGUUCCUUAAAGUAUGAGUCAAGGAACCAGAAAAUGGAGCAAAAGAAUCCCACACCUUAGCAUUCUCUUCUAGUUUUGAUGGCAAAUAUUCCUUGUUUGUUUAUUGGCUGUAUGCAUGUUCUCCAAACAUUUACUGAAUAUCUUAGGCAUCCACAUUUGAUGUACAAAUAUUUGCAAGGUUUGACAGUUCUCUGUUGGCUGAUGUGAUCAGCAUUUGAUAGCAUAUUUUUUAUUAAUAUUUUUUAUUAGUUUUCAUUUAUAAAAAUCCAAUAAAAGCCACAUUAAUACAACACCAAAUUAUAAUACAAUUAAAAAAGCCAAUUAUCCAAUACCAAAUUAAACUAUUUUGAAUGACUUCCCGUGUUCUGGAUUUCAGGGAAUUAUGUUCUUAUUUCGUCCUGCUCCAAUACUUUUAGUUAGUCCAAAUACGACAGUUCCGAUCUUGAGCCUUUAUUUUAACAGCCACUGAUCUGAUCUGAUGGCUUUCAUCCGCAUUUGAUAGCAUCUUACAUGCAGUAGCAGACAGCAUCUGACAUGUAGCUGUCAGCAGCUGUCAAUAGCUGUCAACAGACAUGCAGUAGCAAUUAGCAUUUGGAAGUAAUUUCAAUAGUUAAUUUGCAACAACACAUUUUAGUUAAUUAGUUUACUAAUUAAAAUUAAAUUAAUCAAAACAAAUUAAUGUAACAAAUAACAAAUUUCAACAUCAAAAUAUCAUUGUUGAAAUUUGAAAAUUAAGCAGAUUUUGAAAUUUUGCUAAAUAUAGUAUGAGCUCUAGCGGAAAGUACCUGAGCUCAAAGCCUGGGGUUGUAUCCAAUCCUAGUUCUAUUCAGAGUUUAACUAUCAUAGGAUCAUAGAAUUGCAGAGUUGGGAGGUACAAUAAGGGUCAUUUAGUCCAGCCCCCUACAAUGCAGGAAUCCUGCCCACAGCCAUCCCUGGAGUGGGCAUGAACCACCAAUCCUCUGAUUUAAAAUCUUUAAGACCUAAAAAAAAAGUUUUUAAGGCUGUUCUUGAAUUUUUUUAUAUUGGCUAAGUCGGUUUAUAACUGAUGUGCAUUUAUUGUACUGCUGUACUGUAAUACUAAUUUUUGAAAGCCAGUUUGCCAGGAUCUUGUCCUAAAAGGUGGAAUAUAGAUAGGUCCAUUAAUUUCACUAGGUCUACUCUGAGCAGAACUUAUUUAGUGAUGACCCUUUACCUUUUUCUUUACCACUAACAGCCAACUCCUUACCAGUCAUACCCUUCUUAAGUCUUCGUCCCUGGCUUGAAUGUGCACUUGAACCCUGUUAAUGCCUCUUCAUUGCCUGGCUGGAGGACAGAGCAGGGUGUAUGAGUGUGUGUGGAAACCAGCCUCCAGCACAAAUAUAAGAUUUACAUGCAUUGCUUUGCCCACUUGCCUCUGGCCCUGGAUGCCACUGGCACGUGGCCCCCAGAAGGUGGGCCAGAAGAGAAUGUGACUUUUGAGCUGAAGAAGGUUCUCUACCCCCUGGUAUACAGGAUUGCAGAGGCGUAGUUGGGGGGGCAUUGUGCACUGGGUGCCACAUCAUGGGGGGCGGCGCUUACCAUGGGGCCUGCAGUGUGCUCAAGCCAUGCGUCCCUCCUGGGUGUGAUGUGGUGGUUCAGGUGCCUGCAGGCUCCACACUGACUGAAACAGCAGUAUGGGGCUUGCGUCUGCCCACCGCCUCCCCCUCAGCCACCCUACAGCUGAAGGGGAGGUGGCAGGCGGACUCCUUGGAGGCUCCGUGGCGUGUCCUGCUCCAUUGCGCCCCACUCCAUGGGCGGCUUGCCCCACCUCCAGGCACCUUAACAGCUAGCUAUGCCACUGCAGGAUUGCUCUGCCUGACCAUAAAAAGUUGUGCACCAAAUAAGCUAUGUACUACUGGCCAUUAAAGCACACACACACACUUCACUUUUGCACCUAAAAGUACUCUGGUUGGGGAAAUCCUGUGCUGGAGAAAAGGGAUAGCAACACUAAGUUAAUGUCCAAUAUGUAUGUGUCAUGGUCCUAUUUUUGAUGGUUUCUUCUUGUCUUCUAACAGGUGACUUUCUAGACCAUGAAGGGGCUUGCCAGACUGAUUUUCCCACUCAUUCUUGUGCUGAUUUGUGAGGUGAAUGGACAGAGGCGCAAGCCUGGAAGAAAGCGUGCUACUCCUCCACCCUCUGAACCAGUUGAACCUACAGAAUUGCCUCCGCCUCUGCCACCUGGACCUCCCUCAGUUUUCCCAGACUGCCCUAGAGAAUGUUUCUGCCCUCCAGAUUUCCCUUCAGCCAUUUACUGUGAUAGCCGCAACCUGAGAAAAGUGCCCAUUUUCCCACCCAGGGCCCAUUAUAUCUACCUGCAGAAUAACUUCAUUGAUGAGCUUCCUGAGGAGUCCUUCAAGAAUGCCACAGAGCUGAGGUGGAUUAAUCUGGAUAACAACCGCAUCGCAAAGGUGAACAAGAAGGUGCUGGAUAGUUUGGAAAGCCUUAUGUUCCUGUACAUGGAGAAGAAUCAUCUUAGGGAAGUACCCAACAAUUUGCCUCCCAAUCUGGAACAACUUCGGCUGAGCAGGAACCGGAUCUCUAAGAUCCCUGCUGGUGUAUUCAACAAGCUGAACCACCUCAUCCUCUUAGACCUUCAUCACAAUGAGCUGAAUGAUGGAAACUUCAACAAAAAUACUUUCAAGGGGCUCAAGAACCUCAUGCAGCUCAACUUAGCUCACAACAGGCUACACAAGAUGCCACCUUCGGUUCCCAAUGCAAUCCACCAGCUCUUCCUAGACGAGAAUCAAAUCGAAGACAUCCCCAACAACUACUUCAAAGAUUUCCCUAACUUGGCGUUCAUUAGGCUUAACUACAACAAGCUCUCCGACAAAGGACUGCCCAAGAAUUCCUUCAACCUCACUAACUUGCUGGUGUUGCACUUGGCAUACAACAACCUCACCAACAUCCCCUACAUCAACUCCAAGCUGGAGCACCUCUACUUGAAUAACAAUUCCAUUGAAAGUGAGUCAGCAGAGAUCUGCAGGUGGCUAGGCCUACAGGAGAACAUGUGGCAGAACCCCAGAGUCGGACACGACUGGCCCGUACGGGCAGGGGUACCUUUACCUUUACCUUUACCUUAGGGAUGCGGGUGGCGCUGUGGGUAAAACCUCAGCGCCUAGGACUUGCCGAUCGUCAGGUCGGUGGUUCGAAUCCCCACAGCGGGGUGCGCUCCCGUUGCUCGGUCCCAGCGCCUGCCAACCUAGCAGUUCGAAAGCACCCCCGGGUGCAAGUAGAUAAAUAGGGACCGCUUACUAGCGGGAAGGUAAAUGGUGUUUCCGUGCGCUGCGCUGGCUCGCCAGAUGCAGCUUGUCACGCUGGCCACGUGACCCGGAAGUGUCUUCGGACAGCGCUGGCCCCCGGCCUCUUAAGCGAGAUGGGCGCGCAACCCCAGAGUCGGACACGACUGGCCUGUACGGGCAGGGGUACCUUUACCUUUACCUUACAGGAGAACAUGUGGCAGAACCAAGCUACCUAAGAAUGGUCAUCAAGGCCACUCCAAGACAUUUUGCUUCCUGAGGUGAAGCAGCAAAUGGUGCCCAAGUCAAGAUAUAUAGUGCCCAUACUUUUUAUCUGAGGCAGAAAAUCUAGCCAAUGCUUUUGGGCCAUACACUUUUGGGCAAAGCCCGUGUCAGUUCAUAGGACAGGUGUCAUCCCACAGACUGCGCAAGCACAGUCAUGGGAAUAACAAAGCCCUUACUACCCCCAGAUGUUUGUGCUGCUGGAGCUCCCACCACCUGCUGCCUUGAUUGAAAACAUCUGCAGGAGAGCAGGAAUGCAGAAUCCUUUCCAGAAAUUCUAAGCAAGCAAAGGAAACAAUAAGCCAUGAAACAACCGGCCCAAGUGCUAUUUCCACUCCCCCUCACUUUGCUUUAAACUUUUGGCACUCUGGAAGAGCAGUGGGUUAGGCCAAUGAAGCCAACUUAUACAAUGGGCUCCAAAGAGAGAAAAUGUAGUUAAAUUCUGAGUAACUUUAUUCACAUCUGGCAGCUCAAGGCAAAAACAUUUCAUUUGAACCAGGCUAGCUCAUUGAUGCAACAUUUAUGACUACCGUGCUCAACAGAACACAGGCAGGAUCUAAGACUAAUGAUUCUUGUGUUAAAAUUACAAGUUUUUGUUUUAAAUUCAUAACUUAGAUUCACACGCCUUGGAGUCUCUAGUCUAAGGUUAUCCUAAGGUCACACUUUACAUCUUUUAUUAGCAAGUACAAAGGCUAGAGACCUACUUUUAGAAGCAGGGAAAUGUGGAGCUCAGAUUUAGGGGCUUCUUCUUCUUAACCCCACAGCAUUCAAGUUGACACUUAGCUUGGAUAUCACCUAGAAAAUGCAAUGGGACUUGCCCCGUUUCAGGAGGCACUCCCAAACUUCUUAACCCCUUGGGGAGUUUUCUCAGGAUUAAGACCUAAAGGGUUUUAAAAUUUCUUUUGAACAGAUAAGCAUGUGUUUCACAGCAUCAGUUGUUCCAUCUGUGCAGUAAGGAUAAAAGCAUUUUGCACAGCAGGGAUGUGAUACUUGUGGGUGCAGAUAUUUUACUAAAUGGUAAUGGGGUCUCAUUAGUGCUUCAGUUUGAGGGUACUAAUUACUUCAUUAGUUACUUUCAGUUAGAGAUGCACUCCAGCAAAAGACAUCACCACCCUUGCCCUUUGCUCUGCCUAGGUUGCUACAUGAGGGAAAAUAUAAUAUAAGGAGAAUCAACCUUUUGGGGACUGUGUAGGUGGUGUUCAACUAAGUUUACUCAGAGUAGAACCACAGAAAUUAAUGACAGGAAAUAAGUUUAAAUGGGUCUACUGUGACUAAAAUGUUAUUGACUACCACCCAGUGGGUACAUUUUGAACUUUAAGGAAGGGCCAUGGGUGCCAGUCACAAAAUGGCUGCCGUCAGGAUGUGGCAUAACAAGAAAUGGCUGCCACUCCUCAAAGAGCAGAAAAAGAGAAGCACUUUGCACCUCUCCUCUGCUCAAAUUGGAUAGGAAGGUGGGUGUCCAAGCAUGACAGAUAAUGAAAUGUUGGCAUGUUUAAUUGGCAAUGUAAGAGAGGCUAAGCCAGUGCAGACAGGAACUGAUUAGGAAGAGCCAACAUCUCUCUUAUGUUGUGAGUUUUUUUAAUGGGUUAGGUACAAAGGCCUUUUGCAGACACCAUAGGAGGUACUGGUGGGCACACUGGUGACCAUGGGCACCAAGUUGGUGACCCCAUCCUAGCCAUGCCCCCUAAUAUUCUCAAGAUAACUGAAACAAUAAAAGAAGAAAUGGCAUGGAUAUAAUCCUUAGCUUGUGCCAUGGCAUGAAAUAUAAACUGUUUGCACUGAGAUUCAAGUGCACAUAUGGUUCAUGAUUUAGCAACAGGAAGCAAAUUCUGAUUCAUGAACUCUUAUAAUUAAGAUUGCUGUUAAUCAUAAUUGCAUUGCUUAUAAUGUGCAAUGCCUUGGAGCCAAGCAUGGCUUUUUACCAACCUCUUUGCCUUACAUCCUCAGCUGGUUCCCUUAAAAAGGUUUUCCCCCCUCUCUCUUAAUAAUAGGUGCCACCCCUACCCUGGCUUCUCUAGGAAGGUGGAAAUAUAUCAGCUUGCUUCUGUUAUAUAUUUUUAAAGCCCAGGUAUCUGGCUUUCAGAAGCAUAAGCACAGGAAAGCAAUUGAUCAAAUGAAGGCUUUGUUGUGCUAUGAACAAGUUCCAAAUCUGAUGCAAGGUUUGCCACAUUGUUCACGUUGCAUAGCUUAAAAAAAAAAAAGCUGGCUCAGGGUGGGAGUUGGAUGGGGACUGUGGCUUCAUUAGUCUCUGCCAUAGUCCUAAUGAGAAUUGGACCCCCCCCUUCUCUCUCUCUCUCUCUCUCUCUCUCUCUCUCUCUCACACACACACACACACACACACACACACACACACAUACACCAUGAGUCUGAUACUUGCAAUGCCAACAACCCCCUGAUCCUUUGUCUAACAGGCUUGUUGAAAUCCCCAAGUAGAGUCAAAGGUGGCUUGUUGAUAUCUAAAUCCCAUGCCAUUGACACAGAGGAGGAAAGAAGCAUAUGUAAACAUAAUUUUACUAACCACCACUACCAGUACUCCAGGUUGGCUUUGCCUAAACAUGGUACAAAAGAGUAUUAGACUUUACUCUUACUCAGUACUUUCACCAGUGAUGUGUGCCUUUGGAUAAUUGAUCAGACUUCAGGGAAGUGUUAUAAAGAGGGUGGGGGCAGAGCCAGUCAGGGCUAGGGAUGAAUAAUAUUGUAACCUAAAUAAGAGUAAAUGUCUGCUAAGCAACAGAUAAAUUAACACCUAAAAACUGGGCCUUUUAAGAAAGGCUGUAGUAGUUGGCUACUUGAUAACCAGCCUUCUGUAUAGCCCUCUGAGCACUAGGGAUUCAGGUAUGACCAACACUUUGGGCCUCCAGAUAUUGCAGAUUACAAUUUCCAUUAGUCUUGAUUGUCACACUGGCUGAGGCUGAUGGAGUCUGGGAACAUUUGGAGGAGCAUAGGUUAGUGAUCCCUGAAUUACAGAAUACUUAAGGUUCUUUGAAGAAUAGACCAAAGGAAGAGGUUGGAUGUUUUCCUCCUUAAAUAAUGGCCUACUUUGUUAGUUAGGUUUUUUUAAAAAACAACAACUGUUUCCCCCCUUUAAAUAAUGUUAGCCAGUAUUUAUAAAUCACAAUCAGCAAAGGCCCAGUAACUUGUUUAUUUUCUCUUCAUAACAUCGCCAGCGAGGGAGCCAUUUGAAUAGUUUCAUUUUACAAUAAUAAUACGGAUGCGAGUCUUCAUUAGCCUGAGGCCAUCUAGUGUUAUGUUUGAGCAGGUCUUUGGAACCUAGAAGUGGAACAACACUGUUCUGUUGAUAUAAUGCUGCUGCUGCUGCUUAUCAUCACCAUCUCAGUGGCACUGAAUGUCUCUUACCAAAAGUAACUUGAAGGGUAUGCAAGAUCCCCUGUAGAAAUACAUGUCUGUGUUGUUGGUAUGGUAGGACUCAGAUGGCAGAGGUGCAUAGGAGGGCAGUGGGGGCCUCGGAGCAGAGUUCCGGGUCUUCCUAAGCCUCUUCCUUCUCUCCUCCCCCCCCUUUUUGCCCAGAAUCAGAGCUGCUCAGUGACAAAUGCAGACUGAUUCCAAGGCUUAACCUGCAGAGAGACCCAGUGGCCAGUUUGUCUUCCAUAUGGGAAACUGAGUGCAAGUUUCUCAGUUUUCUCCGUGUGGUUCACAACGAGCAAAACUUGUAUUGCUUACCUAAAUGCAUCCCAUCACUUUAGCAAUCAAUAGUUAUACAUGAAUGAAGUCACAUAUCCGUACCAAGCAUUUAGUUACAUCUUUACAUCGGAUCUGCUUUAAGAUUGGAAUGUACAGAUUGCAAUAUUGUGUACUAGUCUGAAUAUGCUAAACACCAAGCUGUGUUACAUUAAUCCCUUUUCUAAGCAGCCUUGGAAUGUGACAUUCACCCUUUUCUAACAUGUUAUAUCUAUGUGCAUUUAAAGCUAUGUUCACUUUUGUGGUGUGGGUACACACAACAGCAUUGUUGCCAACCUCUUUUGAAAGAUGUCUGUAUUAUCUAUAAACUAGAUUAUACAGGCCUAUGAAAUGAGUGGGGGGAGGGUGAUAUGGGACUUGAGAAAUGAGCUGAGAAAGCCCUUGUUCGAAGCAGACAAGGAGGAUUUCUCCAGAUAUUUCACAAUGAUGAAUGGAAACAUAGGUCUUAAGGCCAAAAGGGACCACUGCAUUACCUUGGAUUUUGAAUUGACGAUUGGUGGAAGCUCAGAGGGUGAAAAGAGAAGUGCAGAAUCAAAUAUCUUGGCUCUCCUAACUUACUGCUGUGCUUUCUUUUCUCUGUUUAGAAAUCAACGGGACCCAGAUUUGCCCCAAUUCUAUGGUCGCUUUCCACGAUCCGUCCUCAGAUUUCGAAAACGUGCCCCGUCUUCGCUAUCUGCGCCUGGAUGGCAACCAUCUGAAGCCACCGAUCCCCUUGGACCUGAUGAUGUGCUUCCGACUCUUGCAAUCUGUCGUGUUCUAAGCCUCGCAGCAAUCGCCACUCCUCUGGGACUUUGGCUUUGCACAGUGACUUGAUUUCAGUCUAUGUUAGACAUGGGGAAUAUAUGUUAUCAUCCCUACCCUGACCUUGCUGCCCCAGUGCCUUCUCUUGACUGCUCCAUUCUGUUGCCUCCUCCUCCUUCUGUUGCAGGAAACUCUGCGGGUCUUGUUUUACACAGCCUCUUACGGAGUCUCCUAGGAGAGUUCCACAGAUUCCUCUUUGAUAUGUGUAUUAUCCACAGAAGUGCUAGAAGUCACAGUAAUACUGGCUUCUUAAAUACCAACUCCUUAAUUUAUCUCAAAAUUAGAGAAGAGAACACACCCAGAUGCAGUAUUUGUGUUGUACUCUUGCUGUCUAACACUUCAGAUAGAGUUAUUUGCACCCACCCACCCCUAGCCAACAACAUCAAGCUUAUAAAAGAAGUUGGAUUUGUUAUUAUUUAUCGAGACCAAAAAGAAGAAGAGGAAGCAAUUUCAUUUAAAUAGGUAAAAUUUCAAAGUGCCAUUUGUCUAAUAAGGAUGCUGGAUCAAAAGGAAAGGGAUAUUCAAAUUUAUUUAUAGAUGACGGGCACUCAUAAAUACCAUGGUAAUAGGAACACCAUACUGUGGCAUGUGCUAAUCAAUAGAUAAAAGUGCAUAGCAGAUUGUAUUCUGUGGAGCCAGUGCAUUGUGGGUACAAUGAAGAGUGACUAAGAACAGAUAUUCCCCCCGUUUAUGCCCUUAUGGGAUGAUACGGGUGAUGGUAGCAACAUAAUGACAGUAUGUUACCUGAGUUGCCAAACAUAAUGUGAUCACCGAGAUUCGGGUGAUGGUACUUUAACAGCACCAUUUUAAAAUGAGAAUAAUUGCUUGAUUAAUUACUCAUUCUCUUCUCCACAGUAUAAUUCCACUUCAGUUUGCUACUGUGACACAAGUACAGUACUAGAGAGAAAUUUCCAAAGGAUAGAACGGUGUACCUGGAAAGGACAAUCCCAUUGCCAUGAUGAUUUGAAGGAUAUGCCCAUAUCUUCUGGGUCGUGUGUAUGUGUUUGUAUGUGGGAGUCUUUUUGCAUAAGAGGCUGCUUAUCAGAAUGCUCUGUUGCCUCACUAGCUUUCACACAAUUUCCCUUUGCAAUGUCUAUGCAGGACAGAUGUCACAAAGGAAAUUGUGCCUCCCCAUCCUUCAGGCAAUGUCCCCUUGAAGCUCUCAAGCAUAAUGUUGCUUUCCUUUCAGUAAAAUUACUCAAAGAGGAGGAGCAACGGCAUGCCAAAAUACAGUUGAGAAAAGCUGUGGGAAUAUGGAACUGAGCUAGCAUGGACUAUUCUCUUGGACUAGGAACAAUAAACAUACGGUAUAUUGUUAUGUUAGAAGCAACUAACAGAUAUUAAUAGAGUCCCAUAUAGAUGCGUAGAUACCCAUCCAUUGUGUGUAUGGGGGGGUGUGCAGCAGGGUACCAGUGGUGAACCUUAGGCUCUCAAAUUCCAGCGGCACCCUGUGAGAUGCUAAAAUUUGGUGCCCCCACCUUUUGCACUUUGUCAUACAGCAUUAUUGUGGUGCCCCCUACAGUGUGGUGCCCAGUGGGGCCUAACCAGUCAUACUAGCCUGAAAUAGCUAACGCCUUGCUUGUGGGUAAGGACAGACAGACCCAUUAAAGCCUAGUCUGUCCUAGUUCCAGAGGGGGCAAAGUCUAUCCCAUUCCAUUUCUGGGUAGAUUUUUAAUUGGAAACCUGUAAGAAAAAAAAUCGACCUGAGAACACACACUUAAAAAGAGAGAAGUACCAGUACUUGUGAAAUGAUUUGAGGGCUGUGUGCUGCCUCCAUUACUCUCCCCAGGUCUCCUUAAAAAACUUCUAAAAACAGGGUAUCAAGUUGUCAAAGCCUGAGUGGCUUGCAUUCUGGGCAUCUUGCCACUAUGUGUCAUGAAUGCACAUAGAUCAAGCCCCGCCCCCCCGGGAGUGACAGGACAAUACUAUCUCAUUGUUUUCAGGAGGAAUUCUGUGGAAAAAGCAUGGCCUCCCCAGUCCUUUUUUUUUUCCUGCUGUGCUGCAGUCUCUUUAUCUUAGCUUGUCAUCUGAACUGGGACUCAUGGCUAAGCGCUCUCCUCACUAACCGCAAGCUGUAGCCAAAGCCUGCUACCCACCCUACUUUCUGGAGUAAGAACUGAGACUGAGAAAGAGGGGCAACACAAGGAUUUAAAUUUAAGCUGCCCAUAUGCAAUAUUCCACACCCAGGCCCUACCAAUAAGGUGAAAAUUUAGGUGCCGGCCUCCUGCAGCCUAGGGCAGCUUCUGGCUUAAUAGCCUCCUGAGUUAAAAGAGAGGCUUUUAAAUGGGAUUUUGCAAGCACUUCCCAUAUGACAGUGGCUUUCAACCAGGGUGCACCCUGGGGUGCCUUGAAUGAUGGUCAAGGGUGCAACGGGCAACACUAGCCUCUGUCCCUCUUUCUUCCCCUCCCUCCUCUGAUGCCCUCUCUCAUCUCUGCCUACCAAAGGCUUGCACAGCUGUUUAUUGGAGUAGCCCUGUCUACAAGCUCCCCAGGUGAAUGGUGCCUCUGGGAGGCACCUCUCCUUGCAGCCGGGGGUGGCAGUGGCUGCCCAGAGGACUCCCAAGGAGAGGGGAGAGGAGGCUGAGGGAACAAGGGAGGGUGUUCAAAACAGGGUGAAAGGUUGCCAGCUCUGCAGGCAAGGGGUGACAUAACUGGGCUCCUGAGCCCCAUAGGGGUGCCACAUAAAGAAUGUGUUUGGUCAAGGGAGCCGUGGACUCAAUAACAUUGAAAACCUCUGCCACAUGGAAACAUUCAGGGGCAGCAACUAUAGGUGGUGGAAGGGGCUUUGGCCCCCUCAGUAUUUGUGCGCAGGGGGCCAAGUCCCCCAAUAUUGAGGGGGCCACCAUCCUUUGCUGGUGAUGGGAGAGUGCUUGCAUGCUGGGCAGGGGCAGCACAGGCAGAGGGGGGAGAUCACCCUCUGUGCUUUCCAUAUGCCCCUGCUGCUGGGAGAGCACUGGCACGCUAGGUGGGGGUGGGAUGCAUCAUGUGACGCCGGGCCCCCUCAAUGUCAGCACCCCUGGAAACAUUGCAUGAGGAUUAGACAUCUAUGUGACUUUGUCCAGAGCUGUGUCCACAAACACAACUUUACUUGAAAACCCUAGGAUUCUGUUCAGAGAUCCAUUCAAGAAAUGUCACAGUCCCCAGGUAACAUUCCCACGCAGAGGUGCUUGCGUAAUAAUUUUGAAAUGUCAAUUGGUGAACAUAAACAUUACAUCAGAAGGGGACCACAGCGGAUAAACAGGGCACAAGACUUUCCUAUUUUGCUGACCUAUGUGAGUCACUUCCAACACAUGGAGCAGUUCUCUUCUCCUAAUCACUUGACACCGACUGAGCUAUGUUUGCUCAACUCACUUCCAUGACUCAGGCCCCUUUUGAUCCUCAUGAUUUGCUCUGCCCCAAGAGCCAGGUUCCACUCUGCACGCUCUCUAAAUCCUUCUUUAUAGCCAAUCAAGUCUUUUUACAGCUUAGUGAAAUGAAACUCAGUGGGGGUUUCUUGAAAGAAAAUUAGGCUUUGGACCCGUGCAUAACUUCUCCAGUUGAGAUUCUUCAGUACAUUUUCAUAUUUCAAUCUCAGUUCCAAGAGCACUAAUGACUCUCCGGUGACUCAGAAAAGCUGAUGAUUAAGUUCACUGGCCAUUCUCAUGUUCUCUUCUCCUUUCACAUUGGAUUUGAAGAUUUUGUUAUGUGCUUCCCACUUACCUGAGCUGAAAGGCAAUGACAUGGGGUCUAGCUUUCUUUGGAUGAGAGAGCACUGGAGACAUAGAGUGUCUUUAUAAUAAUUGAAGUAUAAAUAUGCAAGCAGAGCAUAAUAGAAAUAGAGACUUCUAGAGAAGGCCCUGCACCCUAAGGGGUUUCACCUUCAACCAUCAAACAACUCCAGAUUCUUCCACUGUCUUCCUGAUCCUCUCUUACAAUUCAGACUGAAAGACUUGAACAUUGAGAAAUAUCUCCUGUCGUGAUUUUUCCUGUAGCCCCUUUAUCACUUCUGUUAUAUUUCACAAACCAGUAUGAAGUCAACCAUGCUAAAUGUAAAUGAAGCUCUGCAAUCAGCAAUAUACACAACCUACCCUCUUCUUUCUUUCUAUCAUCUAUCUAUCUAUCUAUCAUCUAUCAUCUUAUCUAAUCAAUCUCUGCUCUUUCCUAACCACUGCUUGGGUGGAGCCUUAAUCCAAAUCCCUUGAAAACAGAGGACUCUGGAUUUUGUCCCUAAUGACCAAACAACCUCAGUCCACUGGACAUCCCUCCGGAUAAAACUCAGCAUAUCCCACUGGUACCCAUGUUGGGGUUGGGCAUGCUUGGGAUCAUUUAUUUUAAUGGAAAUGCAGGCAUGAAACUUGCUUUUAAUUUAAUCUAUCUAUCUAUCUAUGGGGCCAUACUUGGCCUUUUGUUACACCAGUGUAAGCUAGCGUAACCCUAUUGAUAUUUGUUGAGUUACUCUGGAUUUAUGCUUGUAACAUUUGGAACAUGAUCUGCUGGUUUCUUUUUAUAUCAUAUUAAAUAUGUUGUGUAAGUUUCAUCUC